CGCCUUCCGCGGACACGCGCCGAGCGCAGUAGGCUGAUUCGUCGUGACAAACCGCACAGUUGAAUCAUGCGCAUUUUAAUGUUUUGUCAUUUUGUGGUCAUUUCGCUUUUGACUAGCAUAGAGCGCGCGCGCUUGUUUUAAUUUAAAUUGCCGCGUUAUCGUACAUUUCUACGACUUGUGAUAAGAUCAUUACAUCAUUGAUUGAUAAGACUCGUCAAGGACUGAAUUGUCUUACCGAUGAUCAAGUCAUCGCUAAAAUUCGAUAUGCUACGGUGCUGUAGUUAAAACGAGUGAUAAAACAAUAGAAGUUAUUGUUCCAACUGUGAGUUGUGAUUUGUGUGUGACUGUUUGUAUUUGUUGGAUGCCGUGGUAUGCACCAUGGGGACAGCGCCGAGACUGAAAAUAACAGUAGUUGGCGACGGUAUGGUGGGGAAAACCUGCCUUCUCUACGUGUACACUCGAAAUGAAUUUCCCAAGGAAUAUGUGCCGACAGUAUUCGACAAUUAUAUGGGGCACAUAACUGUGGACGGACAAGAAGUAGAAAUGGCACUAUGGGAUACCGCUGGACAAGAAGACUACGAAAGGCUAAGGCCGUUAUCAUACAACGCCACGCACUGCUUCCUAGUAUGUUACUCAGUGGGAACCCGGUCGUCCUAUGAAAACGUUAUUCACAAAUGGUAUCCUGAAUUAAAACACUUCAGUUCUUCAGUGCCGAUUGUACUUGUAGCAACUAAAACAGAUUUGCGGGCUUCUGGGAAAGCUGUAAUUACAACACAGGAAGGAAAAGCAUUGAAAAAGAAAAUAAGGGCGGCUCAAUUUGUAGAAUGUUCCGCCUUAGAGCGGGAAAACAUGGACCUGGUGUUCGAGGAGGCGGUGCGAGCGGCGCUGCGAAAGAAACCUGUCACUAAACGCACCUGUCAAUUUAUUUGAUGUCAACUGAAGCUUGUUAAGUUUAUUUUAAAAUCGAUCUACCUACAUUUUAAAUGUAAUGUGAAAAUAGAGCUUCUUGUGUGGUGGUAUAUAGUACCUAGAUACUCGUAGUUGAGGAUGACUACUUAUAAAAUAAUUUAAUUAUUUCCUUUCUUAGGUACUAUCUAUUAUUCUUAUAUCUAAGUAUUUCUUAUUAACUCAUUUUCCUGAAAGGAAAGAACCAAAGCUAUUCUAGAAUAAGAACCUACCUGCCUUUGUAAGAAGUCAAUACCUAGGUAAAAGUAAACAAAUAUAAACUUAAUAUAUAAUUUAAAAUAAAAACAAUAACGAACAAACAAUGGUAACAUCUAAAGUUGUACCUUGUCCUUGUUUAUCUUAUAAUUUGUCUUAUUUUAAUAAUAACAAAUGAAACUAUCGAUUUCAUUUAUUUGUGUAGCAGGCAAAUAAAUCUGUAAUAUUUUAAUACUUGUAAAAUAUUAUUUAAAUUCAAUUUAUGUAAAUAUAGUGACUAUUAGAAUGCAGUAUUGCUUAAGAAGUAUUUAAUGUUGAUUAAUAAAUUUAUCUAAAUCAAUUCAAUUCCAUUAUUGUAUUACAAAUGUACUUAUGGUAAGUAAUGCCUUUUGUACAUAAUUGAUAUAUUAUUAUUUUUUAAUAAACACAAUAA